AUGAACCCAUCACUACUUGUUAUUGACCGACCCAAGAUCCAUGAGCAUCCUCUCACGCUCCUUUCCAGAGAGGUUUCCUUCAUAUGCAACGCUUGUGGGACAAAAGGCGAGAGAUCUCCGUAUGUAUGUCUCUUAUGUUGUUUCAUGAUACAUGAAGAUUGCAUCGAGCUUCCUCGUGUUAUACGCACAAAUCGUCACCCACACCGCCUCUCUCACAUAUUCUCAUUUGACUCGGAGAAGAAGUUGGACUGCAGAAUUUGUGGUGAGGGCAUUGAUGGUAGAUAUGGGGCUUAUUCAUGUCUUAUAUGUUCUAUCUCUUAUAUUGUUCAUUCAAGAUGCGCAACAAGAACAGAUGCGUGGGAUGGCAAGGAACUCGAAGGAGUUCCCGAAGAGGAAGCACUGCCUGAGCCGUACAAGGUGACCGGCGAUGAGAGAAUUAUACAUUUCAGUCACGAAGAGCAUGAGCUGAGACGCAUCACCAAUGAUUAUGAUGAUGACGAUGCACACUGCUACGCUUGUAAUCUCCAUGUCUAUCCCGACCCAUUUUACAAAUGUGGUGAAGUGAAUUGUGGUUUCAUUCUUCACCAAACAUGCGCUAACCUUCCUCGGGAAACCAGGAUCCCGAUCCAUCCAUACCCACUUACCCUUCUCUACAAGGUGGACAGCUCCAUUUUCAAAUGUGCAUCUUGUAACCACUUUUCUAACGGCUUCAGAUACUCCUCUUCCAAGUACGACUUCAAUGUUGAUACUAAAUGCGCCUCAAUCACUGAACCGUCUCUAGGUGGAGGUCAUCACCAUUCUCUUUAUUCGAACUCCAACUACACAUCCUGUUGUGGUUGCGACCAAACAGAACCUACUCCACUAAGUUGUCCAGACUGUGAGUUAGGUUUGUGCUACGUGUGUGCCACCUUGCCCAGUAGAAUACCUUACGGAGAUGACGCACAUCCGCUUUCCCUCAACCAUGGUGGAAGAUUGUCUAGUCAGCAAAAUUACUGGUGCGACAGCUGUGAAACGCAAGUAGACACUCUCAAAAAAGUCUACAUGUGUUCCACCAGCUGUGGAACUGUUGUUCAUACCAGAUGUGCAAUUGGAGGACAUCUAAGAAAUUUGAAGGCAGGAAUCGGUUUCAACAUAGACCGCUACAAUUGCAAAGUUGUUCUCAAUGAUCAAGUAACCCGACCCUGUUGCAGCCAGUGCAAACUUCGCAGCCAGGGACUUUUAGUGUUGAAAAUUUGUUUAGCUGGUGUUGAAGCUUUCAUUUCUUACUUCUGUUCCAUUGAAUGUGUACAGAAACAUGGCCACAUUGACAACAUCGACAUUGACCCGCGACAGCGACCAGUAAUCAACGACACGUUUUAUUGUUCAUUUCCUAGUGACUUUGAAUUUUAUCUUUGA